CCAAUGUUUGGGAUGGAUUGUAUACACCUGUGUCCAUGGAGGGGAUUGGAGCACCUGAAUCACAUGAUAUGGAGGGGAUUGGAACACCUGAAUCACAUGAUAUGGAGGGGAUUGGGUACACCUGAAUCACAUGAUUGGGAGGGGAUUGGAACACCUGAAUCACAUGAUAUGGAGGGGAUUGGAACACCUGAAUCACAUGAUUGGAGGGGAUUGGAACACCUGAAUCACAUGAUGUGGAGGGGAUUGGAACACCUGAAUCACAUGAUUGGAGGGGAUUGGAACACCUGAAUCACAUGACAUGGAGGGGAUUGGAACACCUGAAUCACAUGAUAUGGAGGGGCUUGGAACACCUGAAUCACAUGAUUGGGAGGGGAUUGGAACACCUGAAUCACAUGAUAUGGAGGGGCUUGGAACACCUGAAUCACAUGAUUGGGAGGGGAUUGGAACACCUGAAUCACAUGACAUGGAGGGGAUUGGAACACCUGAAUCACAUGAUAUGGAGGGGA